UGCCAAUCAGCGGAUAAUUAUCCGAUUUGCGUACCUUUUUGAGAGUUGUCGUACCUUCUGCGUACCUUUAAAUAAAUCGGAUAUUUGCGGAUAUUUUUCAGUGUAUCUACUAUCAUCGACUAAAACUUUCUCAUCCAUAUAUUCCCAGCACCAACAACACAUUAAUUUUGUUUGCUUCCACCAAAAUUUUUAUAAAUAGCCUAUACUGGAUGAAUGUUAGUGACAUCCGAUACUUUUCAUCUUUUGACAAAAGGGACAUGUGCCGAUUCUUUUGUUUAGAAUUUAAAUGCACAAGUGCAUCCACUUAAGGCGUACUAAUCCAAUUCAAAUUUCAAAAUCUGUCUGCCCUCGGAUGUUAUUUAUGAGUUUUUCGAUUUUAGUCUGUAAACUUAUGAAAGCUAAUUCACGCACGAUUUAGUUUUAUUUUCAUUGUAUGUAGUGCAGUGCUUAAGUAAACGUCUCGUCUGUUGAAAUAAGUUUUGGUUUGUGAAAAUACUUUUUUAUAAUGGAUAAAUGGUUAAUAAAAAGUGUUAAGACCAAAUCAAAUAAUGAAAAAAAUAUUGCUGAAAAGCAGCCGUCAACUUCACGUCAUGCUUCUGAACAACAGCCUGAAUCUAGUAAUCAGCAAAAUGUUACUGAAGAGCAGCCAUCUACUUCUCAUACUCCUAAGGGAGGAGUAAUUAUUAGUCAAAAUGUUGACGUUGGCCGUGUUAGUAAAAAGAUUAACACUUCUCAGAGUAAUAUUAUUGUUGACACUAAUGAUGCCGAGCCCAAUGAUGCCGAGUCCGCACCAAUUGUUGACAAAUUUCUAUUGAGUUUGAAAAGGAAAGCUGAUUUUGUAGAUACACCUUCAAAAAGAAUAUGCAAGUUUAUUCCAGCGUGGCUAACCGAUAACGAGUUUCGCGGGUGGCUUAAUAAAUCAAAUAAGCCAGAUGAUAAACACGGCAAUGAAUACGCAUUUUGUAAAGUUUGUAAAUCAAAUUUGGUGGCUCAUAAGGCUGUGUUACUUAGACAUAUGAGAACGGAAAAACACAAAGAGAAUUUUAGUGCGGUAUCCAGUAAUAUAAAAAUAAAGGACAUGUGUGUAAAACAAACCUGUGAAAAUAAUUUAGUUAAAAGAGCAGAACUAAAAUUAUGUAGUCUUUUGGCUACAAAGGACUUACCGUUCUUAUUAAUGGACACUGUAUGUCCACUACUUAAAGAUAUUUUUCCAGAUUCUAAGAUAGCUCAACAAUUAACCGUUAAAAGGACUAAAGCAACUCAAAUAGUCGUUGAAUGUUUGGGUGACAAUUUUCUGAAAGAAUUAUAUGAAAAGUUAAGAGUACCUGGAAUGUUUUUUUCAUUGAUUAUGGAUGAAACUACAGAUAUAUCGGUAAAAAAACAGUGUGCAUUUACUGCAAUAUUUUUUGAUGAAAAUUCCAACUCAUUACAAACAACAUUUUUUGACAUUUUAGAAAAUACUGGGGGCACUGCAGUUGAAUUAUAUUCAACUUUAAAAGACAUAAUAUUUUCCAAAGGUAUUCCUAUAUCUAAUUUUGUUGGAUUUUCGUCGGACACACCUAAUGUAAUGGUAGGGCCACACAAUUCAGUUUUUUCCCAUCUAAAACAAGAAUUUCCUGAUAUAGUUUGUGUUAAAUGCUCUUGUCACAUGGCACAUUUAGCAACUUCAAAGGCAUGCUUGAAACUUCCCAAGCACAUUGAGGACUUACUAAGAAAUAUAGGAAGCCAUUUCAAUAGAAGUGCUUGUCGAAGAGCCAAAUUUCGGGAAUUUCAGGAAUUUUUUAAGGUUGACAUUCACAAAAUUCUAUCACCUGCUAAGACCAGGUGGCUUUCACUAAAAGCAGUUGUGGACAGGGUUCUAGAGCAGUACGAACCAUUACGUGCAUAUUUCAAGGAGAGUGUUUCUGAAGAUCCUUCACAUGUAACGGAAACUAUGUUGGAAACUCUUAAUCACCCUCUUACUGAAGUGUAUUUAAAGUUUAUGUCUUAUGUUCUAGAGCUCAUGACGGAUUUCAAUAUUUUAUUCCAAUCCGAAAAACCACUUUUAUAUAGGGUUAAGCCCGAAACUGAAAAUUUAUUGAAGAUUUUAUGUUCCAAUUAUAUGAAUAUUGUUCAUAUAAAAAAAUGUGCAGAAAUCCUGAAAAUUGUUCACGACAAUCCAGACAAUUUUCUUCCAUUAGAGCAAAUUUAUAUAGGAAUUUCUGCUUUCGACAGUUUGCAACAUUUGCGAUCGGAUAAAGACACAAAUUUAGAACAAGCAGACUUUGAUAAUUUUUUUAAAUCAAUAUUAUCCUUUUAUAUUGAACUAGUUGCUAAUAUCAAAGAUCGGUUUAAAUUUGAGGACCCGGUUUUUACUACCUUAGAGCUGUUAGAUCCGAAGGUGGCCCAAUCAUUCCAAACAAAAUCUUUAAAAAACAUAUUAGAUAGGUUUCCAGUUCUAAAUAACUUUGUCAAUGCACAAUCUUUGGAUAACGAGUGGAGAAAACAUGCACUCUUAGAUUUUGAUAGUUUAGACAUUAAUUCCAAUACCGAGUGUGAUAUAUACUGGUCUCAGAUUUUUAAAUUAAAAAAUGAAGCCAACAUAUCUUUGUUUCCAAAUUUAAAAAUAGCUAUUUGUAUAACAAGGGAGGAAAGUGUAACUUUUCCUCCCGAGAAUGAAGUUUACUGCCCGACGCGUAACGGAGGGCAGUAA